CGGAGCCCUGACCCUCGGCUGCGCUCCCAGCUCCUGCCUGCUGGCUGACCUUGGGCGAAUCGCUCUUUCUCCGUGUGCUCAGGGGGGCACAUCUGCUGGUUUCAGACGGCAGGCGAGGGCUCUGGCGGGGUUCGAAUGACUGCAGGAGUUUGGAAGUGCAGAGAGAAGCUCGAGAGCCUCGCAGUGUGACCAGAGGGCCACUCAGGGCUGCAUUUCCUUGCAGUAGCUUUGGGGUGACGGCACUGUUGGCAUUUUGCAAAUUUGCCUUGGGUUGAGGAGCCGCUGACGCCUGUCACAGGCACCCACUGAGUGUGUUGGCACAGAACAUGCCACCAGGUAACACAUGUCCCCCUGUCACCGCUCUGCCGGGUGGGGCAGCAAUAAUUGCCCCCUCUCAGAUGGAAAACUGAGCACCAGAGAAGAACUGCUGCACGAGAAGUCUGCAGCAGAGCAGGAGAUCCUGCUCAGAUCUCCUCAGUCCUCAGUUGAGCCAGCAGCUCAACCACCAGCCCUUCUUCCUGCCCUCUGGUCGUGCUUUUGUUCCUGUUGUCAGUUCAACAGAAGGGUUGUAACUACAGCUAAGGAGUUGACAGUGCAAUUCAGUUGUCCUGGGGACAUGCUGGAGGGAUGGAGACUUCCUGAGCUGCUCUGCAAGGAGACCUGGUUGGAAAAUCAGGUUUUAAGCCCUUCUGGAAGAGAUGAACAAAGACUUCCCCAGCUGAGCUCCUCCGGAGGCUUCUGAGCUGUGUGUGGGGGGGAGCAGUGAGUCAACAAAUGGUCUCUGUGAGCUGCCAGGAGCUGCUGCCCUCCUUGACCAGCCCUUCCCUGCUCGAGAGCUUGGCCAGUGCCCUGCAGCGCAGGAUGCCACCAUCCCUUCUGCCAGGGCAUGGCAGUGAGAGGACAUCUGGCCCCCCAGAGGGCUUUGGCCACCUCCUGGCAGGCAGCACUAGCCCUGCUGAAGGCUCCCCGCUGUCCAAGGGGGGACACCCCAAACCCCAGCUCACCGUCUGCGAGGCUCAGCUCAGGCUGCCCGACUUCUGCAGCAGCCUCUCCCAGGACUUCAUCCCCACCCUGGAGGAGAUCGAGGAGUUCCUGAGGGAGAAGGCAGAGUUCCUCAGGGAUGAAGGCCCUGAGCUUCACCCAGCUGGAGGGGAGGAGAGCCAACCUGGGGUCAGCUCGGGUGGCUCUGGGGAACGGCCCGUCUGCAGCGUGCGAGGAGAUGUCCCGAGCUCUGCUCAGCCUGCAGGGACGGCCGAUGGCGGUGACCAGGCAGUCCCCGCUGGGGGCAUUCCUGUUGUCCUCCAAAUCCAGCCUCUCCAGAUGGACAGCCACCCACAGGGUGCCACAGCUGGUGUCAGGGUGGCCCAGCUGGUCAUCAGCCUGCAGGGCUCAACCCUGUCCCUCCUCCCUCAGCCCCAGCCCCCUGUGACCACCGGCGACCAAAAAUACGUCAGGAUCGCCCCCCUGCCGGUCUCCACGAGGCCUGGGGUGCCAGGGGACGGGCAGGAGGAGGAGGCAGCCCCCAGGCAUCAGCAGGGCCCCCCUUCCCUCUCCAGGAUCCACAAGUGCUCCCACCCGGGCUGUGACAAGGUGUAUUCCAAGAGCUCCCACCUGAAGGCUCAUUUCCGCCGGCACACCGGGGAGAAACCCUACACCUGUGCCUGGCCCAACUGCGGCUGGAGGUUCUCCCGGUCGGACGAGCUCUCCCGUCACAAGCGCUCCCACUCCGGGGUGAAGCCCUACCAGUGUGCUGCCUGUGAGAAGAAGUUUGCCCGCAGUGACCAUUUAGCCAAACACCUGAAGAUCCACCGGGGCCAGCCCUGCAGCCCACGGACACCUCAGGGGGGCAGCAGGAGGUGAUUCCUGCUGCUCAUCCCUGCCGGGACGAGGCUGGGAGCCCCCAGAGCCGAGCAAGCAGUGCAGAAACCACCAGCGAAGAGGGGGAAAUGACUCUUUGCCAAAUCAUGGGAGAGGCUGUGCUACCCCUCUGUUCAAGGAUGACAGUGUUCAUGGCCUGUUUCGGGUACUUUUGUUCUCUGAAAUACAUGUGGAGGAAACUGGAGUUCAGCUGGGGUGAGAGUGUGUGUGUGUGU